CGGGGUUGAGCCAGGAAGCCGCUUCGGGGAUGGGAGCUGCUGCAGCCGCGGGGUCGGCGGGAGCUGCUGCCCCUUCGCCAUGGGGUUGACGCCUAAGGAUGCCCCAAGCCACGGUGAAGCUGAUCGUAACCGGGGAUGAUUUCGGCUAUUGCCCGCGGAGGAAUCAUGGCAUCGUGGAGUGCUUCCUGGCCGGGGCCAUCUCCAACGUUUCGCUUCUGGUUAACGGGAGCGCUGUGUCCGAUGCCGUCCAGCUGGCCAAGAAACACUGCAUUCCAAUAGGGCUCCAUGCCAACCUUUCUGAGGGGACCCCGGUUUGCCCAGCACUGAAGAAAAAGUCCACACUCCUCAACCCAGAAGGGUUCUUCCAUGGAAAGAUGGGAAUUCGGAUGUCUUUAAACGAAGGGCUUCUUAACAUGGCUGAGGUGAAGCAGGAAUUGAUAGCACAGGUGGAGUUGUUCCGUGAACUGACGGGCCAGUUACCUCAUCACAUGGAUGGACACCAACACGUCCAUGUUCUCCCAGAGAUCAGGCACGUAUUCGCAGAGGUGUUGGAAGACUAUGGGAUCACGUACACACGAGUUCCCAUUGAACCGGAUCUCCCACGCUGUGGUUGGAUAGAGUCAACGUUGAUGGAUUUCUACUUGGGAGUGGAGAAGGAUUCGCUGGACACCAUAGAGGUCUUUCAAAAGCAUGGCAUAAGGUGGCCAGAUAUAUAUAUCGGCCUUAGCACCAUGGGGAAAAAUAUGUCCACUCAAAGCAUCUUAGAUGCUAUUGAUAAUGCCACCACAGCUCAUUUGGCCAAAGAGGACUCAACAUCUUCUCCUCUGCCGUCUUCAUUCUUACGCCCCGGUCAAGGACUACGGACGAUGACUCUCGAACUCAUGACCCACCCAGGCUACCCCAGCAUCCCACCUACUGGAGGUUGCGGAGAAGGCCCCGAUGACUUUUCCCAGUCCUGGGAACGCCUGCACGAGCUGGAGACUUUGAAGGAUCCGGAGCUCCAGAAACAUUACAAGAUCAGGAAUAUUCGGCUGUGCGCUUUCAAAGAUCUCGCCGCCUGACUCUCCGCCAAGGACGUUCCCCGGUUUUUAACAUUUGGUUUAGAGGUGAAGAUGGCUGGAUCAGGGGUGGUUUCCAGGUGGGAGCCGAAGACAUCUGGGGAAUUUUUAUUUUGUUUUUGGCACUCUCUGCAGGCGGAUAUGGCUCCUCCUCCCAUUUUUAAAUGUUUUUUUUUUUUUGUUCUGUAAUGGGAGAAACAAAAAAAAAUGGGAGAAGGAACUUUGGACUGCGAUGGUCUUCGCGCAAAGAGCCGAGUUGGGUUUCCAAAGCUGAUGGCCGCAGGAUCGUGGCAGUUGAAUUGGGAGCCAUUGCUCGGCGUUGGCUUGAUAGAAAACACCAGCAUAGACCUGAAGUGUUAGGGCUGGGAUGGCGAAUCUGUGGCACGUCGCCAGAUGCUCUUCUGGUUUCAAGCCAGCUUUCUUUGCGGGUGCCAAAGCUCCGGAAAAUGGCCCCAAAACAGGGCAGUUUUUCGGGCCAUUUUCAGGGCGUUUUUCGGGCCAUUUUUUCAUGCCAGCCAGCUGGUCUUAGAAAACGGCCAAAAACGAACAGCCCCGAAAAAACAAAAACAGGCUGUUUUGGAGCUGUUCUUUUGGCCAGAAAACAGCCAAAAAAAUGUCCUGGAACCCCCCCUCCCCAAAAUAGCAAAAACCGGCCAAAAAACAGGCAUGGCCUCGCCGGCAAGCUGAUGUCCAGGUUUCCAGCACUCUGGUGCGCACACAUGCUGUUCUGACCCCCCUCUUCCCACACCAACACACUCCGAG